AUGUGUAAAAGAAACAAGUGGCAGGCCAAGAGGGAAUGGCCUCAAGCUGCCCAGGGCAGGGUGCUGCAGUACCGGACUCGGUGUCAAGAGCUGGAGCAGCAGCUGGAAGCAGAAGGGGGAUCCCUUCUGAGCAGGUGGGAAGCCACAGAAGACCACAGCCUGGAGAAAGCACUGCUUCAGUUGGAAGAGGAGCAGCAAAGGUGUGAGCAUCUGGCAGACGUGAACACUCUCCUGCGGGAGCACCUCGAUAAAGCAAAUGAGGUUAAUUCAGCACUUAAAGAAGAUGUUGGAAAACUGACGGCGGAUUGGAUAAGGGCCCGGGAGGAGCUGGAAUUGAAGGAGAGUGAAUGGCGCCAUGAACGUGAGCUUUCUGAUAACUACUUAAGGGGUGAACGUAACCGUCUCCUCAGCCUGUGGCGCCAGGUGGUAACCUUCCGCCGUCAUUUCCUGGAAAUGAAGACUGCCACUGACCGAGAUUUGUCCGAGCUGAAGGCAGAGCAGUUGAGGCUUUCUGGAUCUAUACUUGUAAACUGCUCCCGCCUGAACUCUGGUGUGCAGCUCUGGGAGACCAUCAGUCUGGGUAGACGUGUCCUAGAGGAUCAGGCACAGCAGCAGGCAGAACAGGAAACAAGCCAGAAGACUUGGGAAGUGAUGCACUUACAAGUCAAUAGGGACCUGGAGAAAAAGGAGCUUCAGGACAGGGUGACGGAGCUCUCAGCCUUGCUUGUACAGUCUCAGAAGCAGAACGAGGAGAAGGACAAGACCAUGAAAACACUCAAUGACACUGUGGAGAUUCUAGAAGCAAGUCAGUUAGAGAAAGAAUAUGAAGCUUCAUUGACUAAAAGUGUCAAAGAAGAGAAUCUUUCCCUCCAAAAGCUGAUAAAAGAUAUAACAGAGGUGGUGUUAGAUGAAUGUGACAGCAUGGUCAGCAUUAUCUGCACUGACAGCUCCCAGCAGGCAGAAUCUAGCAACAUCCUCUCCUGUCUGAGCUCCAUUGAUGCAGAGUGUGCCUUUGUAUUGGUUCAGGAAGCACUGGCAAGGAGGAGAGGAGCAGCACAGGCCCUAAAAGAAGAGCUCUCUGCCAGGCAGGACUCCAUCACUGUCCUGCUGCACCAGCACAGGCAGCAGGAAGAGAAGUGCAGGAAGCUGCAGCAAAGCCUUGAGCAACUGGAGCAGGAAUGCCAGACAGCCAGCAGCCACCAGCAGCACCUGCAGUCGCUGGUAGAAGCACUCAGAAGUGACUGUGCAAACGUCGAGAAAACCAGGGCAGAGCUACAGCAACAGCUUGAAGAGACGGAGCAAGAAGCCUCGCGUCUGCGUCAGAGUAACACUGAACUGCAGCUGAGGGAAGAUGCAGCCCAGGGGGAGAGGGUGGAGCAGCAGCAGAGGAUGGAGAGAGCACGUCGUGACCAGGAGCUCCUGCUGAAGGACUUAGCUGCACUCGAAGAAAAACAUUCUUCAUUACAAAGUGAGCUGAUAAUUGCAAGAGAGACACUGGAGGAAUCACACCUUCAGAGAGAUCUGCUGAAGCAAGAGAAAGACGAGCUUUCCAUGGCGCUGGAGAAGGCAGAGCAGUCAGUAGCAGAGUUGAGAGGGGCUCAGAAUAAGCUGAGUGCUGAAGUAGCUGAUCUACACAUAGCAGCAGCGAAGAUGAGCAGUAUCAAUGAAGCUCUUGCACUGGAUAAAGUGCAGCUGAACAAACUUGUGUUGCAGCUGGAGCAAGAGAAUGAAGUUCUGUCAGGUAGAGUGGAGGAGCUGGAGAGAGCAAAGAUCUCUGACCAGGAGAAGCUGAACUCGUGUGAAAGAACGAAUGAAGAGCUCAGUGAAGAGAAAGCCCACCUGGAGCAGCUGCUGAAGAAAAUGGAGGAGCAACGGGAGGGGCUGCAGGUAGAGCUGAGGAUGCUGGCAGAGGAGAAGGCAGAAACCCAAGAGCAGCUCAGUCAGGUUUGCCGCCAGCAAGAGUCAGCUCACAGUGGUCUGGAGCAGCUGCGCCAGGAGUCCUCUCGCCAGGGGCAUGCACUGGCCACGGUGUCCAAAGAGAAGGAGUUCCUGGUGCAUGAGAAGGCUGCCCUAGAGGUGCGACUGGAAGCCGUGCAGCGGGACAGACAAGGCCUUUCAGAGCAGCUGGCAGAGGCCAGGUCAAUGAAGGAGAUGCUGGAAUCCAGCCUGUUUGAAGCUCAGCAGCGCUUAUCUCAGCUGGAGAUCACCAGAAGUCAGCUUGAAAUCCAACUUCACACCGUCACGCAGGCCAAGGAGGUGAUACAAGGGGAAGUGAAGUGCCUUCAGUGUGAGCUGGAAGCAGAGCGAUCUCUAAUAAGGCAGGAACGGGAAAACAUGGCACAGCAGCUCUUGCAGACAGAGCAGCAGUAUAACAGUUCCCUCAAACUGCAGCAAACUGAUCAUGAAGUGGAAAUAAACAAACUCCUGCAAGACCUGGCAAGCGAACAGGAGGGGCAUCAUUCAGAGCUGCAGAAGAUACUGGAGAAAUGGGAAAAAGAGAAGGUGAAGACAGAAGGGGAGCAUGAGAAGAAGCUGUUUGAUAUGAAGCAGAAAGUUGCUGCCAUGCGAGCUCAACAAGAAGAGGAACGAACCAGAGUCGAAAAUGCCAAGCGAGAGGUCCUGCAAGAAAAAGAGCGUGAGAAGAGUGCUUUAUUAGAGACACUGCUUCAGACUCAGGGAGAGCUAAGAGAAGCCAACCAGCAGCUGGAGCAGCUCAGGCAGGAGGUGAAAGAACAGCGUGAGAAUGGGCAGAACAUCAAAGAAAAACUGCAAGCAGAGCUGCAGGAAACUCAGAGUAAGAUGCAGGCAGUGGAGAAGAGGCACAAGGAAGAAAUCAAAACCAUGAAAGAAGAAAUUAAUAUCCUCCUUCAGCAGAGGGAUGCUCUACAAAAGCAGGUGAGUGAAACAGCAAUAGCUACUCCAGUCAUCAACCAGGUGGUCUCUCCCCAUGGCAGAGCAGCCGGUGAUGGGGUGGAAGAGUUGACAUCUCAACUAGCAGCCUCCGAAGAGUCCCAGCAAGUGAUUGGCCGCAAAGCUCAGCAAGAUCUGAGUGAGGCACAGGAACUGUCAAGGCAGAAGGUGCUGGAGGUUGUGCACCUCCAGAAGAUCCUGGAGGAGAAGAAGAGUCAGUGGGAGAAGGUAGAACAUCAGAACAAGGAGCUGCAAGUGUGUCUGCAGUCUUUGGAGGGGGAAAGGAGUCGAUGGGGAGAAGUGGAGCGUGACAACACAGAAUUUCAGGCUUUGUUGAAGGUCCUAGAGAAUGAAAAAGCCAGGCUGACUCUGUCUCUGGAAGAGAAGGAACUGAGCCUCAAAACCCUGGAAGAAAACAACCUUGCCCAGCACAACAAAGUGUCUCAGCUUCUUUCUGCUCUUCAUGAGGCUGAGCAGCUCCAUUCAGACCACAGAAGAGAAAUAGAAGAGCUCAGCAACCAGGUGCAGUCGCUGCAGGAGGCAGUGCUGGAGAAGGAGGCUGGCCUGGCAGCUCGGGAGGAGCAGCUGCUGCGGGAUCUGGAGGAGUCCCAAGCAGGCGAACGGUGCUCAAGGAACUCUCUGUGUGUGCUGGAGGCUGAGGUGUCUGAGCUGCGUUUGAGGCUCUGUAGCACAGAGAGCAGAGCACAGGCACUGGCCACGGAGUGUCAGCAGGCCAGCAGUGCCCACCGUGAAGUCCAAUCCCAGCUGGACAAACUGCACUUGGUUCUCGAGCGAACGGUCUGUGACAGCAGAGACUUAGUCCCUUGGAGUUCAGAACAGGGUCGUGUCUGGGGCCCAGCUGUUUCCCAGGCCAGGGACCUCCCUGCAGAGCUCACAGUGGACAAAGUUGCCGCAGCCCUACAAGACCUGUGUCAGCACCUGGAGGAGGCUCAGCAAGAUCUGAAGGAUGCAAGGAAGAAGAUACAGGACUCGGAGCUGGAGCUGAGCAAAAGGCAAGCUGAGAAGGACUAUUUCAGUGCCCACAAUCAAGAACUGCAGAAACAGCUGGCUCAAAGCCAGGAAGAGACACAGAUGGCAGAACGCAAGAAGAGCUCUCUACAAAGUGCCUUGCAGGAAGAGGCUGCUGCUCUAAAGAAGGAGAUUAUGAGUCUACGUCAAGAGGUGGCAUCUUUGGAAAGGAAACUCGAGACCACUGAGAAGCAAAGAAAGGAUGUCCUGCAGGAACAGGACAGACUGCAAGCAGUUGAAGAAAAACUGGUACAGGAGAUAAAACUGCUUCAGGAAUCUGUCACAGCUUCUGAAACCCGAGCAAAUACAGUAACAGAUAUGCAUCACUGCCUUGAACAAGAAUUCCAAAGUACACUGUGUCUAUUAAAAAUCAAAAAUGAGGAAGUGGAGAUACAGUGGGAGAAAAUCCAGAUGCUCCAGGAACAGGCAGCACAGGGAAAAGCUCUGCAGGAGAUUCUUACUUAUAUGACUGCCAUCCUGUCAGAGAGGGAGGGAGAAGUGAAGAUGUGCCAGGAACAGAGGAGAAUGCAGGAAAAGCAGAAAGAAAUGCAUAAAACUACUCUCGAUCAGGUUAUUGAGAACAUAAUAGAGAAAAAAAUGAAGAUCACAUCCCAGGAAGAACAGAUACAGGAACUGGAGAAGCAGCAAGAAAAACAAAGGAUUGCUGUAAGUAAAAUGAGCAAAGAGUUGGAAGAGAGAGACCAGGAAGUCAGAUCCCAGCAAGAACAGAUACAGGAGCUGGAGAAGCAGCAAGAGAUGCAGAGGACUGUGGUAAAGAGGAUGAGCAAAGAGCUGGAGGAGAGAGACCAAGAGAUCAGAUCCCAGCAAGAACAGAUAUGGGAGCUGGAGAAGCAGCGAGAGAUGCAGAGCACUGCUGUCAGCAAGAUGAGCAAAGAGCUGGAGGAGAGGGACCAGGAGAUCAGAUCCCAGCAAGAAAACAUAUGGGAGCUGGAGAAGCAGCGAGAGAUGCAGAGCACUGCUGUCAGCAAGAUGAGCAAAGAGCUGGAGGAGAGGGACCAGGAGAUCAGAUCCCAGCAAGAAAACAUAUGGGAGCUGGAGAAGCAGCGAGAGAUGCAGAGCACUGCUGUCAGCAAGAUGAGCAAAGAGCUGGAGGAGAGGGACCAGGAGAUCAAAUUCCAGGAGGGGAAAAUAAUGAUUCUAGAACAACACGGUGCAUCACAAGUGAGAAAUCUGCUUGUGGAUCUGGAUCAUAUGAAAGAAAAUUUGAAGGACAAAACCAUGGAGCUUAUGUCUCUGACUCAGCAGAUCCAAGAACUGGAAAAGGAGAGAGAAGAAGUGAAGUCUCUGGAAACAAGCCUUGAACACCUGAGGGCAGCUCUUAAGGACAGAGAGAGUGAGUGCCAUGCUCAAAGGGAUCAGUUAAGACUCUUGCAGCAGUACAAGGAACAGCAAGAGGGGCACCUGCAAGAGCUUCAUGGUAAAGUAGAAAAGAUGACACUUUCUUUAUCUCAAAAAGAACAAGAGCUUGAGUCGCAACAGAAGCAAAUCCAGGAAGCUGAAGAAGUCAUGGAGAUGCAGGUAAGGACUGUCCGUGACCAACUGGAGCAAGCCUUAGAGACCUUAAAAGAAAAGGACAGACUCAUAGAUAUCCAAAAGCAACAAAUACAGAACUGUGAGGAAAAAACAGAAGAACGGAUGACUGCCUUACACAGAGACUUAGAAUGCACUAAGGCAAUACUGAAAGAAAAGGAUUUCAUGGUUGAAUCUCAGAAGGAACUGAUCGAGACCUUGCAAAAACAAGAACGAGACUCUGAACAGCAGAAGGAAAUUCUGCAACAUCUUCAAGUGACACUAAAGGAACAAGAGCAAGAAAUUUUAUCCCUUAGAAAGCAAUGUGAGGCAUGCAAGGAAAAGGAGAAAGAGCACGCAGCUGAGCAAAAAAAAAUUCAAGCAACAAAACAGACUCUGAAAGAAGGAGAAAAAAAGAUAGAGGCUCUGGAAGAGGCUGUCUCUAGGCUUCAACAGCAAAAGGAGGAGGCAGCGAUGCAGACUAAAGCUAUACUGCAAAAACUAGAACAUGCUGAAUCUUCUCUAGAAGCUAGAGACCAAGAGAUAGAGUCUUUGCAAGAGCAUGUCCAGGGCCUUCGAGAGCAGAGGGAGUUAGAAGGCAAGCAGGCCAAGAGUCUAGAGCAGGAUCUAGACAGAAUGAGCCAAAGAGUGAAGGAGAAGCACGUGGAGUUCCUCAGGCAGACGGAGCAAAUGAACAUGUUGCAGCUUCGUGAAGAAAGCAUGAAAGUAGCGCUGGCAUCGUGCCAGAAGCAAGUGAAUCUGCUUGAGGAAGUGGUGCGGAAGAGAGGUGAAGAGAAUGAAACUCUUAGGCAAAAACUCCAGUGCCAAGAAGAAGAACUGAAGACCCUGCAGAAUCUCCAUCUUAGGCUAACGGAGAAGAAUGUGGAGGUUAGACAUCGCAGAGAGCAAGAGAAGCUCCUGGAAGAAGCCUUGCCUGAGAGGGAGCGAGAGACCAAGGCUCACAGUGAGCAGAAAGAGUCAGAAGAGGAAAUAAGAGCUCUUCAGGAGGAUCUCCAGCACGUUCAGCAGACUCUGACAAAGAAGGAUGAAGAGAUCAAGUGCCAGAGAGACCGAGUCAGGUAUUUAGAGAAGACUCUGAUGGGGAGGGAACAAGAGCUUGGGAGGCAGAGUGAACUCCUGAAACAAAUAACCUCAGCUUUGCGGUGGAAAGAUGAAGGGGAGAGCCUAAAAAAACAAAUCCAGAAACUCCAAAAAUGGGAGGAAGAGGAAGCAGAGAAGAGGAAGAUUCUCCAGGAGAGAGACCACCUCUUGCAAAGGCAGAAGGAGCUAACCCAGCAACUGAAGGAUAAGUCUAAAGCAAAGGGGGAAGAACUGGAGCGUGUGAUGUCUCUUUUGAAGCAGAGCGAAAGCAGAGAAAUGGAAUGGAAAGAGAAGGCACAAGCACUGACUCUUGCCCUUACCAAGAGUGAAACGGCCAGUGGGACUCUGAGGGAGGAAAUAGCCAUCCUGCAGAGUAUGGUUUCAGAGAGGGACACAGACCGGUUUCAUCAUCAGCAGGCUGCUGCAGAAGGGGAGCAGCUCUCAUGGCUCUCGGAGAAGAGACUCCUGUCGCAGCAGCUGGAACAUCAGCAGCAAGCAGUUGCAAGGCUGGAAUUUGAGAAGACCGAGCUGAAGCAACUCAUUGCUGAGCUCAGGAGGACUCUUGAGCAGGUGGAAUGUGAGCGGAGGAGACUGAAGAGAUGUUGCAGUGGUCGGUUGCUGCCAGAUGCACGAGGAUUUUCCCUCUCUGACCAGCACAAGAUCCCUGCUUCUAGAGAGGAGGAGUCUCAGGCUUGUUGUACUGACUUAGAAGCUGAGGCAUGCUAA